GCAGCUUCGAAACAUGCCAAUUUACUCAUUUCUUAAUUAUUAUUCCUAGUCGCCCGACUUCGCACAAUGGCUGGCCCAGAGGAGUCGUCAGAUACGCAACCGGCAGGCGUCAAAAGGCCCGCAUUGGAUAUCGAGAGCAUUCAGAGGAAGAAAUUCAAGGCCGAAGAGCUACCCUUGUCCACGGCACAACGUACGGCUAUUGACAAUCUUUUAUACGCCUUUAAAAAGAAAGGUGGUUUUGAUAGCGUGCGGAAACAAAUAUGGGCUGGAUUCAACGAAGGGGAGCCCAAGGAGGCGUUUACAAAGUCGCUAAUAGAGCUGGCCGAGUCUGAAAUUGAUAGGGAACCGGAAUUCCUGUCCCGCGAAAGAGGAAAAGCCGCAACACUAAUCGAAGGUGCCGUUGACCGUAGUGGCGUCUAUAAGGGCGUGGAGCGAUCUAUCGAACAGCUAGCUUCAAAACACCUACAGACUAUUGUGGAUACUCUCAGAGAAAUUCGUCGCCAGGAAGUCGGUGAGGAGGUUGCCGCCCAGGAAGAACAAGCAGGGAACAAGACGGACGAAGAAUUCGAAAACUAUGUCAAAGCCAAACGAGACGAGCGCGAGAGAGCUUAUCAAGAAGAAUUGCGCAAGCAGAAAGAAGUCGAGGAAGCGGAAGCGCGGAAAAAGGCUGAGGAGGAACGUAAAAGAAGAGAAGAAGAGAGAGCUAAAGAAAGAGAGCGCGAGGAAAAAAGACGUGCCGAGAUCGAGCGCAUACGCGAGGAGCGCCGAUUAGCUGAGGAACAAAGGGAACGAGAACGCCAGGAGAGAUAUGAAAGAAGACGGCGAGAAGAACGAGAGAGAUAUCGCGAUUACGAGCGAAGCAGAGACCGAGAUCGAGAUCGAGACCGGGACUACUACAGAGAUCGCGAUCGUUCUCUAACCCGUCGGUCUGAUCGUGGUCUGUCUCCUCGCUAUCGUGAUUCGAGAAGAAACAGAACCCCAACACCAAAGGAACUGACUCCUCCCCCGCCCCCUCCUCCUGUGGAUGACAAGUCUUUGGAAGAAGCCGCGCUACAGCUUUUGCUCAAAGAAGGCGAGGAGCUGGCAGCAAAAUCCCGCCAGAAACCAGAGUUUGACUUUGAAGAAGCCGAGGCAAUUGAGAACGGUCUCAAACCACCAUCCACAAAAGCUCCGGAUGGUACCACUGAAUCGAAAGACGCCAACGCUACAAGAAAAUCAAACACAUCUAGAGAAAGAGAUGGCAACCAUCGUGAACGCGAGACAUCUGUUCGAUCACGUGGACGAAGGAGGGAUGACAGUCGCAGCCGUUCACGUAGACGACGUUCCUCUCUUUACGAUGGUAGAUCUCGACGACAUCGGGAGCGGUCGCGUGACUCAUCUCCCCGACAACGUGAUAGGGAUACCGAUGACAGACUGUCGAUUCGCGACUUCCGCGGUGAUCGAAGCUACCGACCCAGUCGACGCAGCAGAAGUAGGUCUGGUAUCCGUGACCGCGAUAGAGACCGCGAUCUGGACAGGGACCGCCGGCGGUCGAGAGAGCGAGAUAGGAACUACGACAGUCACACUCGAGACCGUAGCUGGACUAGAGAUAAGGACAGAGAACGAGAACGGGAUAGGGACCGCCGCCGGUCAAGAGAGCGUGACAGGGACUACGACUAUCGCACUCGAGACAGCAGCCGAACCAGGGACAGGGAUAGAGACAGGGACAGAGAGCGUGAGCUGGAUAGAGAUCGCCGUCUCUCAAAAGAGCGGGACAGGGAUUACGACCGUCACGCUCGGGACCGUAGCCAGACCAGAGUGAGGGAUAGGAGCAGAGACCUGGACCGUGACCGUGAGUAUGACUCUUAUCGGCGGCGCCGGCACUACAGUCACUUUUCUCGUUCUCGUUCUCCUUCACGCAGCACAAGAUCACACUCUCGUCAAAGAAAAAGGGACAAAGAUAGAGACAAGGAAAGGGAAAAGGAAGACGGAAGCGACCACGGGCGAGAGACGUCUCGUUCACACACAUCCAGGAGACGAUCCAGAUCUCGGUCUCGACAUCGUUCGCCUAGCGUUCUCGAUAUUGACCGUUACGUCCCCUCAACGAGUAACCGGAGUAGAUCGCCGCGUCGACGCAUCCGAUCCCCAGACCGGUCUCACGAUGACCGGCCGCGGUUCGUCGAAAUUGAUCGGUAUGUACCCGGGGGAGGCGGGGAUAGGGACAAGGACUCCAAGGACUCCAAGGACGGGAACAUGGAAAGAGCCAGAGACAGCAGAGUUACAGACGAUCGCAGCCGGAGAAGGAGUUUCAGUCGACGAAGGAGUCGGAGUCGGUAGACAGACAUGUCUGCUGUUCGAAUGAACCUGACUGUAGGAAGACAGUUGAAUAAUAAAUAAGGAAGGCUUGCUCGGCUUGCGCCAACAUGGGUUAAAUCGUAUAAAAACAUGCAAAAGGUUUAAUCGUAAUAAACAAAGACCAAAGGCCAUGGCAUUGUGUGAAUGAUCCUUCAACCGAGAUCGUUGUGUAGCUUAGGUAUGGUGGAGUCCGUAGAGGAAGGAUACUAAGGCGAGUCUCCUAGGUAGUUUCCAAGAAUCAGG